AGUGAAAAUCAACCUUUAAUGAUGUUUGACAAUUGUUUAGAUUGGUUAGCCACGUUUUACAGGCGACACGCGUGAAUAAUGUAGUUUAAAUAAUAUUAAAUAGCAAUAAAAAUCAGUUAAAGAAAGAUAUAUAAAUAACACUUUAUAUUUUUAUGAUUAAAAAUUGAAGGAAAAGAUGGUAAGACAUAAUAAUCGAUUGCCGGAAAAUCUUCCUCAAUUGCAAAAUCUUAUUAAACGAGAUCCAGAAUCUUACAAGGAGGAAUUUCUUCAGCAACAUCAGCACUACAAGUCAAUUUUAGAAGUUUUUCGUUUAUCGCCAAAUAAGUUUAACAAAAGUCUUGAUGAAGUAGUUACCUUUUUGGCUCAGGUGGCCCAUUGUUAUCCAAAUGAAUUAGAAUCAUUUCCUCAAGAAAUCAUUGAUGUGUUGCAAACAUAUAAUACAGUGCUUGACAGUGGUUUAAGAUUAACAUUUUGUAAAGCUUUGAUUCAACUACGUAACAAAGCUCUUUUGGAACCCACGGUACUUCUGAGUUUAUGUUUCGAACUUUUAAGAUGUCAAGAUAAAAAUUUAAGAGAAUUUCUUCAAACACACAUUAUUACUGAUAUCAAAAAUGUGAAUAAUAAACAAAAGAAUACAAAGAUCAAUACAACUCUACAAAACUUUAUGUUUUCCAUGUUAAAAGAUUCUAAUGCUAGGAGUGCAAAGAUGUCUGCAGAUAUCAUGAUAGAAUUGUAUAAUAAAGGUAUCUGGAAUGAUGCGAAAACUGUAAAUGUUCUGACAACAGGUUGUUUCGUUAAGGCAACCAAAGUUACAGUCGCUUGCUUGAAAUUCUUUUUGGGCACUGGCAAAGAAGAACAAGAAAAUGAGGAGAGUGACAGCGAUAGCGAACCAAAUAUCAAAGAAAUCAUAAUGGCUAAUAGAGUAAAUAAGAAAACAAAGAAACGGGAGAAACAUUUAGCGAAAGCAAAACAACUGUUAACGAAAUCUAAGAAAAAAGCAACGAAAGCACCGAGUUAUAAUUUUUCGGCAUUACACUUAAUUCAUGACCCACAGAAUUUUGCAGAAAAAUUAUUCAAACAGUUGGAAAGGAACAAUGAUAGAUUUGAAAUUAAACUACUAACAUUGGAUGUGAUUUCAAGGCUUAUUGGUUUACACAAUUUAUUUCUAUUAAAUUUUUAUCCUUAUUUACAGAGAUUUCUGCAACCACACCAAAGAGAAGUAACAAAACUUUUGCAAUGUAUUGCUCAAGCCUCUCAUGAACUUAUACCACCUGAUACAUUGGAACCAGUUUUGAAGACAUUAGCAAACAAUUUUGUUACAGAACGAAAUUCAGCAGAUGUCAUGGCUAUAGGGUUGAAUGCUAUUAGAGAGAUAUGUACGCGAUGCCCAUUAGUUAUGAAUGCAGAUUUACUGCAAGAUUUAGCACGAUACAAGUAUUACAAAGAAAGGAGUGUAAUGAUGGCUGCACGUUCAUUGAUAUCUCUAUUCAGACAUUCGAUACCUGAAUUGCUGCAUAAGAAAGACAGAGGACGUCCUACGGAAACAACCAUUACUUUAACUAUGCCAAAAUAUGGUCAAAUAUCGGCUAAUGAUUUUAUUCCAGGUGCUGAAGUUUUACUCGACAAUAAGUCUGACAAUGUGGAAGACACUUUAAAGAUUGAUGUAGAAAAUUCUGAUAAUGAUGAUGAAUGGAUUGAUAUAAAUUCUGGUGAUGAUGAUGAUAACGACAACGAUGAUGAUUAUAGUGAUGACAACAACGAUGAAGAUAAUGAUGAAGGUGGUAGUGAUGACAACAAUGUAAAGGAAAGAAAAGAAAAGGAGCUGGAAGAAAAUAAAGAAGGACAGAGCGCAAAAAAUAAUAACAAAGAUGUAAUUAAAAUGAACGAAAGUGAAAAAAUGGGAAUAGAAGUAUGUGAAGUUAAAGAUAUUAAAUUUAAUAUAAAUAACACAGAUACAGAUAUCGAUAGUGUUACGAAUCAAAAGCGAAAAAGGCAAUGUCGCUCGUUAUCAAAACUUGAAAGAAAACGAUUGAAACUGAAGAAACAACAAGACACAAAAGUGAAAAAGAAAGAGAUACUCAAUGCAGAGAAGAGAGAAAAAGCAACUUUAAUAUCUAAUGAACGAUUAUUAACUGACGAAGACUUUCUAAAAAUAGAUACGGCGUUAGCGAAACAACAAAUAACGUAUGCUAAACCUGGUAUAAAAAGAGCUCAUCCUACAGACAACGAACACGGAGAUUUUGUCAAAUUGGCAGACAUAGAAAAUAUUUAUAAAAAACGGAAAUAUGACAAGCAAGCUCGUAUUGAAUCUGUGAAGAAAGGGCAAGAAGAAAGGGAAAAAUUUGGUUAUAAGGAUGGACGGCAAAAUCCACUUUGUAGUAAAACAAAUCGUGAAAAAAGGAAAACCAAAGCUUUUCAAAUGUUAAAGCAUAAAGUAAAAGGAAAGGUGAAACGUUCUUUUAAAGAGAAACAAAUUGCUUUAAGAAAUCAUUUGUUAAAACAGAAGAGAAUGAAAUAAUUACUUAUAUAUAAUCAUUUGUAUAUAUAUAUUGCGCGCGCGCGUGCAUGUGUACAUAUAUAUAUGCAAUUAAAUAAAUAAUCUUAU